UACUAUUUAACACCAUGACCAUGUCACAUUUCUAAAACACCGCUUGUAAACAUGAAAACAAGUAGUAGGAUUAAUCAUCUCUUUGCAGCACUAAUUUGCAUCUCCUCAUUCACCCAGAUGGCGUCUGCCUGGCUAAGUAUUUGUGCUCCUGGCGAUGAUUAUAUUGAGAGAAACUACAAUCCUAUACCCGGAGACAAAUGUGGCUCUUGCCCAGCUUGGUGCAACAGUAAAUGUAGUAGCAUUGGUCUUUUCAUGGUCCAAAAUGAGUGUCGAAUAGUUCGUGCAGAUAUGGAUUGUCAGUGUUGCUGCGGUAAAGUAGCACCGACCGGACCUUCUCCACCUCCAACGACAACCCCAUUUUCCCCAGGUGAAAUGGAGAAUGUAUGUACUACUGAACAAAAAUCGAUACUUAUUCCACGCGGAGAAGCCAGAGAUUGCCCAUUUAAUCCUCUAUGUGAGGCCAAAUGUAAGGAGCUAGGCAGAUCUAGUGCAAGGUCAGAGUGCUGGGGAUCCAGUAGAGAUUUCAAAGAAGGUUCAUAUAGGUGGUAUGAGCAGUGUUGUUGUGGAUAUGUGCUCCCACCACCUUGCUGUGGAUGUUGCCCCAUGGACAUCAAUAUUCAGAUAUCGGUAAAAUCAGGUGGGGAUGUCAAAGUAGCAACACCAUCGACGUCAUCGUUUCCGGGUCUUAGCUGGUAAUGCAGUGCUUGAUAGUUGCUCUAGUUAAUUAACUUCCUGUAUCUUAUUUUCCUUUCCAAGAAACUGCAACCGAUCCUAGUUUGCAGUAUGUUGAUCUUGAUUGUACUUGAUUGAUGUUAUGGGCUUGCUGAUAUAUGAAAAAGGAAGAACUUGUUUCGAAUGUUGUAUGUG